AUGAAUUCCAGAUGUCAAGUAGAUUUAAUAGAUUUACAGACACAGCCAGAUGAUGAAUUUAAAUUCAUUUUGAAUUAUCAGGAUCAUUUAACGAAGUUUGUAGUAUUGCGCCCACUAAAAUCAAAAACUGCCUUAGAAGUAGCCAACCAGCUAAUGGACAUUCUCAGCCUUUUGGGAGCCCCAUUCAUUCUUCAAUGUGACAAUGGUAGGGAGUUUGCCAAUAGAAUUAUUGAAGAAUUGGCAAAUAUGUGGGAUGGUAUGAAAAUAAUACAUGGAACACCUCGGCAUUCCCAAAGCCAGGGUUUAGUAGAACGUGUAAAUCAAGACGUGCAAAAUAUGCUUACGACCUGGCUUAUCACUAACCAAACAACCAAAUGGUCGGAAGGUUUGAAAUAUGUCCAGCUUAUGAAAAAUAGAGCAAAUCAUGAAAGCAUUAAGCAAUCUCCCUGUGAAGCUAUGUUUGGAUCAAAGAUGAAAUUGGAUUUGGAAACAUGUAAUUUGCCUAAAGAUUCCAUUCAAGAGGUCGAAACAGAAGAGGAAUUGGAAACAUUGAUACAAGAAGUACACAUAGCGAGUUCUUUACAUAGCAGAGUCAGUGAUACUUUAGAUAUAGAAGCUGAAGAUGAUGAAAUUAAAUAUGAGAAUAAUGAAAUUUUGGAGUUAGAUUGCAUAUUAAGCGACCACAAAAAAUUAAUCGAUGAUGCUCGAAAAAAAGCUAGAGAUAAUUUAGAAAGCCAGGCUAUAAAAAUGUGCAAUUUUUCCAAAGAUAAAUUUCCUCCAGCUGUGAUUGGUGACAACGUUCGAGUAUCAAUUCCUGACAUUGAUCGUGGCAAAACAGAUCCGAAAAACUUAAUAUGCGUUGUUUUAUCAAAAGAUGACAACACAGAUUUGUACAAAUUAGGAAUUGAGGAGGGAGUUUUAAAACAAUCUUAUUCCAGAAAUGAGUUCGUUGUUUGCGAACAAAAGUUUUUAUCAGGAGAGGAAAUUUCUCAAGAUGUUCAGAAAUCCCUUAGGGAAAUUGUCGGACAGCAGUCUCUUACUGGCGGACAAGGAUUUAAAAAAUGCACAUGCAAAGGAGGAUGA